AUGAUUUCGUCGGCGAAAAUGACAAAGUGCUUUGGCGAAGGGAUGGAUGGCGAAGUCGGAACUCGGAAGUCUCGAAGUUCAUCUCCUCCGUCGAACCCAGAAUGGCAGCAACCGCAAUCCCUUAUGUUGGGCAAAUCUUCGAGCUCCCGAAGAAGUGACUGGUUUGGUCGAAGAGAUGGGUUGCUGGAGAAAGAUUGGAAGUCGGAUGCGAAGUCUCGAAGUCAAAGGGUUAAGACUUAG